AUGGGUCGCAGAAAGAUCGAGAUCAAGGCCAUCAAGGACGACCGGAACCGCUCCGUAACCUUCCUCAAGCGCAAAGGCGGUCUCUUCAAGAAGGCGCACGAGCUCUCUGUGCUUUGCUCAGUAGACGUCGCCGUCAUCAUCUUCGGCCACAACAAGAAGCUCUAUGAAUUCUCUUCCGGCGACAUCAACGAGACCAUUGGCCGGUACCAAUACGUCACGCAGUAUGGCGGCGCACACGAGCACAAGGGCCCAGAGGACUUUAUGGGCAAGAAAGAUGGCGACGAUGACGACGACGACGAUGAAGAGGGCGCCCUUCCCCGAGACUCGCACACCCCGCCCGAGCACUCGAUGAUGCCCCAUCACAUGCAGCACCCGCAGUUCCAGCACAUGAGACAAGGAGCGCCAUCAAUGUCUCCGCCAAUCGGCAACGGCGUCCCCUUCCAACAGCGAGGUCCUUCUCCCCAGCCUCCUCACCACCUAUCGCGACCCAACUCGAGAGUAGGCCACAUUCGCAGACCGAGCUCGAACCUCGCGCCGCCCCAGCCAUACCCUUCGCAAGCCCCUCCACCGCCCAACAGCUAUGCCUACAUGCCGAACCCGCCUUUCUACAACCCGCAAACUGCCCAGCAAAUGGCCCCCAAGCCUCAGCCUACUCCACCCGCCGCACAGUACCAAUUUACACAUCCCAUGCCUACGCAUCCUCAAGUGCAGUACAUGCAACAAGAGCAGCAACGUCGGCAGUCAAUGCCGCCUACUUUCCAGCAACAGCAGCAACAGCAGCAGCACCAUCUUCAGCAGCAAGUGCAACACCAGCAUCAACAAGAACAGCAAGCACAAGCACAGGCACAGGCACAACAGCAGGCACAGCAACAAGUGCAGCAACAGCAGCAGCAGCAACAGCGACUGUCCCCGCCCCCUCCACCUCCGCAAGCCUCUCAGCCGCAGCAAGAACUCCCGCAACAGCCUACGAUUACCGUCCCGUCCCCCACGCAACAGAACGAUUUUCAGAGUCCCCCUCUCCCCCAGCCGAAGCCACUACACGCGUCCGCCAGACACAGCAUCUUCACACCAAUCGACGACAGCCAGUCCAUGCUCGCUGCGCAUUGGGGUAGCAGUAGCAAUUCAAACCUGUCUCGCAGCGAAGCGCCAUAUAUCAAGCAAGAGAACCGUGCGCAAUCAAUUGAUGUAGCCGCCAUGUCACGACUGCAGCCGAACGGGGAACCAAAACCUCAAGCACAGCCUUCACAGCUACCUGUUCAGCAACCACCGCAGCGAACGCAGUCUACAUCCUCAAUGCCCACGAUCCCUCCUCCGUCACGAACAAACAGUCUGCGCAUGGGUGGUGAAAGCAAGCCAAGAUUGAGGGUGCAGAUCCCGAGCGAACACUCGGAUGCUGGAAGUGCCACGGCCGACUCGUCUCCAAAGGACUCUGGCACAACUGGUGCGACCCCAGGACGAAGCACUGAUGCGUCGCACUCCUCUGGCGUAGUCCUGCCUCCUCCGUCACCGAGUGCGAACUCGCUGCUCAGUGCAGGUGCAACUGGCCCGCCCAACCCCUUUGCUCGUCCGCCGCCGCCAUCUAACAGUAACUCAUACGGUAGCCGCAACGACAUGGAGACGCCAAUCUCAGCACUUCCCAGCCGCUUUGUGGAGAAUGGCCUCCUUCCCUCGCCCUCGAGCUUUUACCCCGAGUGGGGUUUUGGUCGCGACUCCAACAUGCUGCCGAGUCCUUUGACUUUCCAGACACCCGUAGCCCCGAAUGGACCCAGCUUCGCCCGUGACGAUUCGGCGGAGCGCAAGCGCAAGACGUCUGAUCAGGGCUCGGAUGACGGCAACCAAAAGCGGGUCAAAACCUGA